ACUCAUUCCGCUUUUGGGCUAGCCUUUUUGGCCCUGCCCUUGCCCCGGCGUUCCCUUUUCCGAGGCCGCUUGCGGGAGGCUCACACCGGAGCUCUGAUUCCAUGAGGAUCCCAUUGGUGACUCCAGCCCGCCACCAUGAACGGGGUCCUGAUCCCCCACACGCCCAUCGCCGUGGACUUUUGGAGCCUGCGCCGGGCUGGUUCCGCACGGCUCUUUUUCCUGUCCCACAUGCACUCGGACCACACCGUGGGGCUCUCUAGCACCUGGGCGCGGCCCCUCUACUGCUCCCCAAUCACGGCUUUUCUCCUGCACCGCCACCUGCAGGUGUCUAAGCAGUGGAUCCGAGCUCUGGAGGUUGGUGAGAGCCAUGUCCUGCCUCUAGAUGAAAUUGGGAGAGAGACCAUGACCGUAACCUUGAUGGAUGCCAACCACUGCCCUGGCUCUGUCAUGUUUCUCUUUGAAGGAUACUUCGGAACCAUCCUCUACACAGGUGAUUUUCGGUAUACACCCUCCAUGCUGAAGGAGCCAGCCCUGAGCGUGGGGAAACAGAUCCAUACCUUAUACCUCGACAACACCAACUGCAACCCAGAGCUGGCUCUUCCUUCCCAACAAGAAGCCACCCGCCAGAUUGUGGAGCUCAUUCGAAAGCACCCACAGCACAACGUAAAGAUUGGACUCUAUAACCUGGGGAAGGAGUCCCUGCUGGAGCAGCUGGCCCUGGAGUUUCAGACCUGGGUGGUACUGAGUCCUCGGCGCCUGGAGUUGGUGCGGCUGUUGGGCCUGGCAGACGUGUUCACAGCGGAGGAGAAGGCUGGCCGCAUCCAUGCCGUGGACCACGGGGAAGUCUGCCGUUCCGCCAUGCUGCGCUGGAACCAGACCCACCCUACUAUCGGGGUCCUCCCCACAAGCCGGCAGAUCCACCGCACCCACCCCGACAUCCACAUCAUCCCUUACUCCGACCACUCCUCCUACUCGGAGCUUCAUGCCUUUGUCGCAGCACUGAGGCCUUGCCAGGUGGUGCCCAUUGUCAGACGGCAGCCCUACGGCGACUACUUCCGGGACAGCCUGAGCCCCAGGCUCUCCAUGCCCCGGAUUCCAGACUCUGUACAGCAGUACAUGAGUUCCUCCUCUAGAAAACCAAGUGUCCUGUGCCUGUUAGGAAGGAGGCUGAAGAGGCCAAGAACCCAGGGUGUCAUGUUUGAGUCUCCUGUGGAAAAGUCUGAUCAGUUUCGAGCUGACAGGGACUCAAAGGAGGCCAAGAACAAGAACCUUUCUGGGAACCUUGAGAAGCCGCCCUCCCACCAUCCUUUGCGGAGUAAGAAGCAGUUGUUCCCAGACCUCCGCAGCAAAGAGUGGGGUGGGGCAGUCCCUUUCUCUGAGUCCCAGAAGAGGGUGACUGUACUGACUGUCCCCUUGGGUUUUUCAGUUCAUUUAAGGUCCACGGAUGAGGAAUUUAUCUCUCCGGAAACUGGGGAGGAAAUUGGUGUAGGGCCCCACUUGGUCCCCAGGGGAGACAGAGAUGGCUCGGCAGCCUCUGGGACCCAGCACGUGAGGGGGCACCAGGACUCACCCCUGCCUCACAGCAGCAUGGCUCUCCCUCUUCCGGCUUCUGAGUUCAGCAGCCUGACCCUGAAAUACCUCCUGACUCCAGUGAAGUUUUUCCAGGCGAGGUUCUCUUCCCGGGGCUUCGACCGGCAAGUGGAAGAAUACCACAAAUCCUUGCUGAGUCCAGAGAGAGGAGCGUAUAAUCUUGUUUGAUCCUGCCCUACAGUUUGAAAGAUAGUGGAUGCUGGCCGCUGGGGGUUUGUUUAGGGCCUUUCCUGUCUUCCCAGGAUCCUUUUGGGCUCACCCUGGAGCAACACUCAUUCAAGUGUGUUCACUAGAAGCCUAAUGCCUAGAGACUUUUGCAACUUUAUUACAGUUGCAACUUUAGAUUAUGGUUGAUUGUUUGAAAACCAUUUUCAUUAAAACCUUCACAGUAUAAAUCCAUGUUACGUUCUGAGGAGGCCUGCAUGGUCAUCUGUUUACAUUUCUUUAGUACAGUAUUUCUCCAAUGUUUUAGGACAUGCACGCCUCUUAGGUGUCUGUACAAAGAGUUAAAGAGUCUGAGUCAAAAAGGCCCAGGAUGCCCUGGCUGGUGUGGCUCAGUGGAUUGAGCACAGGCCUGUGAAGCAAUGUGUUGCCAGUUCGAUUCCCAGUCAGGGCACAUGCCUGGGUUGCAGGCCAGGUCCCCAGUAGGGGACACAAAAGAGGCAACCACACACUGAUGUUUCUCUCCCCCUCUUUCUUCCCUUCCCCUUUCCCUAAAAAUAAAUAAAACCUCUUUCCUUAA